AUGUCUGUUGUCAAGUUCCACUGUAAAACUAAAGCUGAAAGGAAUUUCAUAUUUUCAAGUAGAAACUUGAAUUCUAACAACGAUGCAUCUGUUUGUGUUGUUGAUAUGUCUUUGAAGAUUAAUCUCGAACUGCAUCAAACUGAUAUCAAAAUUCAAAGUAAACAAAAGCAGCUUGGAACGAGAUAUUUACAUGCUUUGAAUAAAUUAGAUUCAGCAUUUCACUUGAAUUGA